AAAGAUGGUAAUGAAGAAGUCGCUAUGAUGUGCACUACAAUUCACCAUGCUGGCAAUUUAAUUUAUCGAAAAAGUAAACUUCUUCUAAGGGGCGAACGCACAGCAACCUUUAUCCAGACAGACAAAGCCAUCUAUAAACCCGGGCAGACUGUGAAAUUGCGAGUUGUUUCCCUCAAUGAGAAUUUCCAAGCAGGAAAGACCCAGUUACCAGCUGUAGAGUUACAGGAUCCAGAGAAGAACCUAAUCGGUCAGUGGCUGAAUGUGAGUCUGAGACAGGGAAUUGCUGAGCUCUCGCUUCCUCUCUCCUCUGAGCCUCAGCUGGGAGAAUAUUCAGUCCGAGUGAAGGACACAGUGGAAACAUUCAGUGUGGAAGAAUAUGUUCUGCCAAAAUUUGAAGUAACUCUUAAUUUUCCUAAAGUUAUUGUGAUCACUGAUGAGAGAUUCACAUUACAAGUGUGUGGCAGGUACACUUAUGGAAAACCAGUAAAAGGAGAUUACAAGGUCCAAAUAUGUAAAAAGCAGGAAAACCGCUAUGACUUCAAUCGGCAAGACAGGCUGGAGGAUCUAUGUGUAGACUUAACAGGCAAGUUGGAUACCUCAGGAUGUUCGACACUGGAGGUGCCAUGUGAAACAUUUCAGAUAAGGAAAAAAAAUAGGGAAAUGAAAUUGUUUGGGACAGCAUCCGUUACGGAAGAGGGGACAGGAAUUGAGUUAUCAACUAAAAGUGACACUCGUAUCUCAGAUGUUCUCACUAAAGUGGAUAUUAUUGGCCCUGAUACUUACAAGCCUGGGAUCCCACUAAGAAUUCAGGUUAAAGUCACAGAUUCCAGUUCAGCUACAAUCCCAGGGAUAACAGUCUACCUCUCCUAUAAACUGCAGUCUGAUACAAUAAUGAAAACCCUGCUGACUGGACCAGAUGGAAUAGCUACCUACUAUGUAGACAAUACUACUGACUGGCAGACAAAAGUUACAUUUACAGCAUCAAUAAACCAAACGCAGCACAGCCCCCCUGCGGAGUCUGACUACAGAGUGCCCACCCAUUUGUCUGCAUACCUGCAUUUACAACCUUUUAGAUCACGAAGCAAGAGUUAUAUUAUGAUCCAUCCUCAAGAUAAUGUCUUCCCGUGCGAAGGGCAGCAAGAAAUCAAAGUGCAUUAUAUUAUUAAAGGAAGUGAACUAAGGGAAGGAGUCAGUCAUCUUCACUUACAUUACUUGAUAGUUUCUAGAUUUUCAAUAAAAUACUCUGGACAGAUGGAAAUACCAAUAAGAAGUACAGAUAAAGAUGAACGUGGUGACACUGUUCUCAACUUUCCCUUGACCACCGACAUGAUUCCAUCUUUUAGAAUCCUCAGCUACAUUUUGCUUCCUAAUGGAGAUGCUGUAGCAGAUUCCGUUAAGUUCAACACAGAGAAGUGUUUCCGGAAUAAAGUAUCCGUAGGAUUUUUCCCAGGUGAAGUUCUUCCGAGAUCAGACGUGUCUCUCGAGGUCCAGGCUGCUCCUGGGUCUCUCUGUGGUCUGCGGGUGGUGGAUAAGAGCGUGGUCCUGAUGAAACCAGAGAAGGAGCUGACUGCUGACAAAGUUUUUGACCUUUUCCCAAUGACCAGUUCCCAUACAUAUAACAAGAAGGUUGUGGAUGAAAUUAGCUGUAAACCAAGAAGAUAUUACCUUCACAACUACAGACUUUUUAGUCGAACCAACAGAGAUGAAAUUGAUGUGUGCACCUAUUUUGAGGACGUGAGCCUAAAAAUAAUUACAAGUGCUAAUAUUAAAAGUUCACGAAAAGAAUCACGAAGAUUUAGACUCUCAAGACCAUCAUUUUCCAGAAAAAAAACAUUUUCUGUUAGAGGUUUUGUGAUGGAGGAAGAAGAAGAAGACGAUGGUGAUAUGUUAGUCAUGAAUGCAUUAUCAGAGGACGUUCAUCUAAAAGAGCAGCAGACAGUACAGAAGUCAGUGACAAGACAUUACUUCCCUGAAACAUGGAUAUGGAAGCUGGAGGCUGUUGGGGAUUCUGGGAUUGCCGUUCUCCAUGAUACAGCUCCUGACACCAUCACAGACUGGCGCGGUGGGGCUUUCUGUAUGGGUCCUGCUGGAUUUGGGCUUUCUCCAGCUGCAUCUUUUCGUGUUUUCCAGCCUUUCUUUGUGGACAUUACUUUGCCAUAUUCUGUCAUCAGAGGAGAAACAUUCACCCUUAAAGCCACAGUUUUUAAUUACUUGAAACAGUGUAUAAAGGUUAGGACUUUACUUCAUCCAUCCGUAGAGUUGGAAGAUAGACCAUGUCCUGACUGUCAGUAUAGCAGCUGCCUCUGUGUAGACGAGAGCAAAACCUUCUACUGGAACCUGAAAGCCUCCAAACUGGGGCAGGUGAAUGUUACUGUAACAACAGAAGCUCUGGAUACACAGGAAUUAUGCCACAAUGAGGCGCCUAUCGUCCCCAAACAGGGAAACAUCGAUACAGUGGUUAAGCCUUUGCUUGUCCAGCCAGGUGGGUUGUUGGAGGAGAAAUCAUACAGCGCUCUACUGUGCAGUCAAGGGGAAGAUGAUUCUAAAGUAGAAGAAAUCUCACUAAAGAUUCCUGAAAACAUUCUGGAGGAUUCCGAAAGAGCCCAUAUUGUAGUGAUUGGAGAUCUGAUGGGCACGGCAAUGCAAAAUUUGGACCGUCUUCUGGCCAUGCCAUAUGGAUGUGGAGAACAGAACAUGGUCCUAUUUUCCCCCAAUAUUUUUAUCCUUCAGUAUCUGGAGAAGACGCAUCAACUGAAUAGUGAGAUUAAAAAUAAAGCCACUAAAUUCCUGGAAAGCGGAUAUCAAAGAGAACUGACUUAUAAACGUGAUGAUGGAUCAUAUAGUGCUUUUGGGAAAAGUGACCCAAGUGGAAACACCUGGUUGACUGCCUUUGUAGUGAAAUCCUUCAGUAAGGCGCGGCCAUACAUCUUUAUAGAUGAAAACCACCUGAACCAUUCUUUCUCCUGGUUGAAGGAAAACCAACAACCCAAUGGCUGCUUUAGGAGCGUGGGAAGACUUUUUAAUAAUGCUAUGAAGGGGGGAGUAACAGAUGAAAUCUCUCUAUCCACAUAUGUCACCAUAGCUCUGCUGGAGGCCGGAGUAUCUAUAGAGGAUCCUCUGGUCAGAAAUGCUGUGUCCUGCCUAAGGAUGGAGGCUGGCAGUGUUAUUAAUGUAUACAGCCAGGCUCUGUUGGUCUAUGCCUUUACUUUAUCUGGAGACAAGGAGCUCAGAGAGGCUUUGAUGGACAAACUUGAGGCACAAGUUGUGAGAGGAAAUAGAGAACUACACUGGGAACGCUCAUCCAAACCUCAAUCUGAAGACUCCUACUGGUCCCGAGCUCCCUCAGCAGAAGUGGAGAUGACGUCCUAUGUGCUCCUAGCUCUGCUUUCUGGUCCAUCUCAAGACUUGACCAAAGCUUCAGAGAUUGUGAAUUGGAUGAGCAAACAGCAGAAUCCAUAUGGAGGAUUUUCUUCAACACAGGACACGGUGGUGGCUCUUCAAGCUUUGGCCAAGUAUGCAGAGGUCACAUUCAGUGACAAAGGAGAUGUAACGGUGACAGUAGCUUCCAGGACCGAAUUUACUAAACAGUUCCAUGUAAAUAACAAUAACCGGCUCCUUCUGCAAAGUGAAUCACUACUGACUGUACCUGGAGAGUAUAUAGUGAGAUCUUCAGGGAGCGGUUGUGUCUACGUGCAAACAGUCCUGAGAUACAAUGUUCCUCCACCGAGACAAGAAGAAACCUUUGCAAUUAAAGUGGAGGCUCAAUCGAGUGGAUGUGUAGAAGACCCAGUGACAAAGCUGGAGAUCCAAAUCACUGCUCAAUAUAAAGGUUCUCGGGAAAUAUCCAACAUGGUUGUUAUAGAUGUGAAGAUGCUGUCGGGAUACAUUCCAAUAAAGAGCACAGUGAGAAAAUUAGAAAAGGAGAAAUUGAUAAAAAGAAGUGAAAUCCAGAUUGACAUGGUGACCUUGUAUCUGCAGGAGCUGGGACAAGACUCUGUCAAUCUUUCAUUCUUUGUUGAACAAGAUAAUAAAGUCGAGGACCUGAAACCAGCCAUAGUGAAAAUCUACGAUUACUAUGAGACAGAUGAACAUGCAGUUGCAGAAUACAAUUCCCCUUGCAUUGGACAAAACUAAUACAAAUAAAGGUAACCGACUAUAUGUGCAAUGUCGGCACGUCUACAGGCUUCAGAGCAGAAGUUCAAUACCAGAUUCAUAAAAACCUAAAUAAAUAAAACAUUUAGUUAUAUAUGUAAAA